AUGUAUGAGAGACGUUCGAGUAUUCAUUCAGAUACGAGAGACGACGAUGAUGACGACGCAGCAUUAUUAUCAGUUACAACAGCUUCUGAUCAUCAGCAUGAACGAAUUAAGUUAAGUACAUUAGAUGAUGCAGCACCAGUACAUGAUUCAGAUUAUACGAAAGAUUCAGACACAGAAUUCCUGUUAGAUGAAGUUCGAAUUGGCCCAUCCGUUGGCAGUAAUUUGAUCUGUGCCAAAGCACCCGCACGGUAUAUCACUGCUGUAUGGGCUUUUUUUGGCUUUUUCUGUCUUUAUGCCAUGCGAGUGAAUCUGUCUGUUGCCAUUGUCGCUAUGGUGAUACCUCAAAGUGAAUUAAAUCAAUCCGCUACGUCGUGUCCAAUGCCGAGUAAAAAUAAUACAGCACCAGAAAAACAUCAUGAUUUUGACUGGAGUCCACAGAUUGAAGGUGCUGUUCUGGGAGCAUUCUUCUAUGGUUAUCUGCUAAUGCAAGUUAUUGGAGGUAAUUUAGCUGAAAAAUUCGGUGCUAAAUGGAUAUUUGGUGGAGGAAUAUUAAUAUCUGGCUUAUUGACACUCAUAGCACCGAUUGCAGCUCAUAUUGAUUAUCGUUUGUUUUUUAUCGUUCGUUUCGUCACUGGAAUCGUUUCAAGUCCAGGAUUUCCUUCUGCAGCCGCUCUUUGGGGCAAAUGGAUACCACCAUCCGAACGCAGUACAAUUCCACCAGCAUCUCAAUCCGGCGCCAACUUCGGUAUUAUUAUCUCAACACCAUUGAUAAGUAUAAUGAUUGAAAGAAGUUUUCUCGGCGGAUGGCCGUCAGCAUUCUAUGUAUUCGGCGUUCUGUCUUGUGUAUGGUUUAUCGGUUGGUGUUUCUUCGGUUUCAAUUCGCCAGAUGAACAUCCACGUAUAUCACACAAAGAACGUGUAUUCCUUAAAAAAUCGAUCGCAUCACAUACUCGCAAAAAAAUUAGAACACCAUGGCGUGAAAUUUUCACUUGCCCACCAGUAUACGCUAUUGCCGCCAUGCAUCUCUGCAAUAACUAUAUAUACUAUACACUGUUAACAUCACUGCCAACCUAUUUUGCCACUGUUCUUCAUUUCAAUUUACAUGAGAACGGCCUUAUUUUUGCUCUUCCCUAUUUUGCACAGUUUCUAAUGACAAUUUUGACUGGAAAUAUAGUCGAUCGUAUUCGAGCGCGCCAACUUCUUUCGAUUACAACGCUACGCAAAGUACAAACAAUUGUUGGGACAAUUGGCUCAUGUGCAUUCUUAGUUGCUAUCGGUUUUAUGGGCUGUGAUCACAUUGGUUCUGUUGUUUGCUGUGUAUUUGCUGUAGCUUUCCUAGGUUUACAUACAUGCGGAUCAUUAAUAUCUCAUCUUGACGUGGCAUCAAAUCAUGCUGGUACAUUAGUCGGCAUGACAAAUACAUUAGCAACCAUACCUGGAUUUAUUGGACCUGCAGUGGUUGGCGCAUUCACAAACAACAAUCAAACAAUUGAAGCAUGGCGAUAUAUAUUUAAUAUUUCGGCUGGUAUCGGCGUAUUCGGUUGCAUUGUCUAUUGUAUAUUCUUCAAUGGUGAAGAACAGCCAUGGAAUCGAACAUAUGAAUCAACUGAUCAGACAGAAUCAGCAACAUCGACAGAUACAUAA